GAUUUUGUCCGACAUUCUGCACAUUGUCUCAUCAAUGAAACAUUUAUCUCAAUACAGUUUUCUGUUCCGAAAAUUAGAAUAUUUUACGAACAGAGUGGACUAAGUUUCGUAGACAUUACCCUUUGCCAAAGUUUUAAAAAAUUCCGUUGUUUAGAAGGUGUGCAAGGGCGAAUUGCGUUAUUGCACACAGAUUAGGCGUUCCCUAACGGAAAUAUGCUAAUAAAUGCUAGAACACACCAAUAGCAUCUCGCUAGCUCCUGCUUGGCUCUUCCCACCUCCUCGUUGUUCUGCCCACUAUGAUUAAUUUGCUACCAUUGGAAACGACAGGCUGUUGUUUAUCUUGGGUUAGUAAUAAACCAACCGUACAUUGAAAUUGUUGCAGCUUGCUUCCUGGUUCGUUUCUACUUCUGCGGUGGUCUUGCUGGGACUGUCACAUGCCAGAUGCCACCACUGGCAAGGGCGAGUGGCAAAGGGACAAAAAGGCCCAAACUAGACUGGAGGUUUGUCCAGAGGUUCUGCAGCAUCCAGAGGGUUCUCUUCCCAUCAUGGUCCAGUCAGAACGUACUGAUGUUGGGGACGUUGGUGGGAGUCACACUCACAGAACAGCUGAUCAUUUACCAAGUGGGAGUCAUUCCCAGUCAGUUCUAUGAGGUCCUAUCUGACAAGGACUAUGGAGCGUUCAAGAACCUCGCAGGGUUGGCCUUCCUGCUUAUACUGCUCAACUCCACGUUGAAGAGUGUGGACCAGUAUAUCUGCAGUGUGAUGUCUGUGAGUUGGAGGAAGUCUUUAACAGAGAGUCUCCACAGAGCUUACUUCCAGGGCAGGGUCUACUACUCACUCAACGUGCUCAGAGAGGACAUCGAUAACCCAGACCAGCGGAUCAGUCAGGACACAGAGAGGUUAUGUAAACAGAUGAGUACCAUGGCCAGCAGACUGAUCAUCUCUCCAUUCACCCUGAUCUACUACACCUACCAAUGUUACUACAGCACUGGCUGGAUCGGUCCUGUUAGUAUCUUUGGCUACUUCAUAGUCGGGACUAUCACCAAUAAAAUCCUCAUGGGGCCAAUUGUGUCAACUCUGUUUGAACAGGAGAAACUGGAGGGAGACUUCAGGUUCAAGCACAUGCAAAUCCGGUCCAACGCAGAGUCUGCUGCCUUCUACAGAGCUGGUAAGGUGGAACACAUGAGGACAGACAGGAGACUGCAGACCCUGCUGCGCUGCCAGAAGAGUCUGAUGAACAAAGAACUCUGGCUGUACAUUGGAGUGAACACCUUUGACUACCUGGGUGGUAUCCUCAGCUACAUUGUUAUCUCCAUCCCCAUCUUCACUGGUGUUUAUGACAACCUCAGUCCAGGGGAGCUCAGUGCUCUCAUCAGUAAGAAUGCCUUUGUAUGUAUCUACUUGAUAAACUGCUUUACUCAGCUAAUAGACCUCUCCAGCACUCUGUCAGACGUGGCUGGAUACACCCACAGGAUUGGAGAGCUGAGGGAAGUAAUGGAUGAUAUCUUGAGGACCCAGUGUGACUACGACCCCGCAUCAGGAGAUUCCUACGACUUUGACAGUGACAGGGUCCACGGUGGUCCAGCAGACACAGCCUUCAUCCUGGACUGUGUGUCCUACAAGAGUCCCUUCUCUGAGCAGCUGCUGGUUGAAGAGCUGAGUCUCAAGAUCAGCCAGGGCUCCCAUCUGUUGGUGGUGGGGAACACAGGCACUGGUAAGACCUCCCUACUGAGGGUCCUGAACCGCUUGUGGGAGGCCGACAGCGGCUAUGUCCAGAUGACGUCGUGUUUCGGUCCCAGGGGAAUACUCUUUCUGCCUCAGAAACCCUACCUAACUGACGGAACGCUCAGAGAACAGGUGAUCUACCCUCUGAAGGAGAUCUACCCUCUAUCAGGGUCAGUGGAUGAUGAGAGAAUCAUACAGUACCUGGAACUAGCUGGAGUGUCUAGUAUCCUGAAGAGGACAGGAGGACUGGAUGAGCCUGUGGACUGGAACUGGUAUGAUGUUCUGUCUCCAGGGGAGAUGCAGAGGCUUUGCUUUGCCCGCCUCUUUUACCUGCAGCCUAAAUACGCAGUGUUGGACGAGGCGACCAGUGCCCUGACGGAGGAGGCAGAGGGGCAGAUGUACCGAACAUGUAAGCAGCUGGGAAUGACCCUGGUCAGCCUGGGACACCGCAGCAGCCUGGAGAAGUACCAUGACGUCUCGUUGAAACUGUGUGGAGAGGGACGCUGGGAGCUGACCAAGCUAAAAUAGGAGUGAUGCUUGAAAUAAUGACUGGCCACAACCCAACCAAAACACAACCACAUUUUUUUAGAUUUAGUCUUAGUCAUUUUGACUAAAUUUUUUACAUUUUAGUCAUUUAGCAGACGCUCUUAUCCAGAGCGACUUACAGUUAGUGAGUGCAUACGUUUUUUUUUUUUCGUUUUUUUUUUUUUCAUACUAGCCUAAAAUAUAAUUAAGUCUUAGUCACAUUUCUGUCAUUUGAAUAAUUAUUUAUGCUAGUUUUUGACAAAAUAAUGAAAACAUUGGUCCAUUUUAGUCAACUAAAUGCCCUUUCACUUUUGUCAAGUUUUAGUCACAUCACAUUUGUAUUGCCUCAUUAACCUAUAGUAAGCAUACAAUGCCUUCAGAAAGUAUUCACACCCCUUUACUUUUUCCACAUUGUGUUGUGUUACAGCCUGAAUUUAAAA